UCUGAGAAACUGCUGAAACUCAGAGAAUCAGUGGAAGGUCUUUGUUGUAGCUGUGCUUCAAACUUUAAAGCGAAUCUGAAUGCUUUAUCAUAAAGUCUGAGUCUCAUUUCAGCAGGCAGUAGUAAAUAUCUGCGUGCCUCUGGACAAGUGAUCAUUCAUUUCUGUGUAGAAAGGAAGAACACAGCUGAAGUCAAUGCAGCGGUUACUGUGUGAGAAGGUGAUGGCUUCAGAGAGCAAAAACCCCAGCAGUGAGGGUAAAGACACCAGCCAGAGGAAGAUCCUCGUCUUCCUAGACCUCUUCUGCCUCUUCCUGGCUGGUUUGCCGUUUCUGAUCAUCGAGUCCAGUGCUGUCCGGCCGUACCGCCGCGGCUUCUACUGCAGCGAUGAGUCCAUAAAAUACCCGGCCAAAGAUGGAGAGACCAUCAGCGACGGGGUUUUAUCAGCUGUGGGCACGCUCAUCGUCAUCCUCUCAAUCACGAUAGGCGAGAGCUACCGGAUCCACUACCUCCAUGAGGGCUCCAACGCGUUUGUAAGGAACCCCUACCUGUCGGCCCUCUACAAGCAGGUUGGGGUUUUCCUCUUUGGCUGUGCCAUCAGCCAGUCCUUCACAGACAUUGCCAAGGUGUCGGUGGGCCGCCUGCGUCCUCACUUCCUGGAUGUGUGCAGACCCGAUUUCUCCCGGAUUAACUGCUCGCUGGGUUACAUCACCGAGUACAUGUGCACAGGGGAUGACAACAGGGUUCAAGAGGCCAGGAAGUCCUUUUUCUCGGGCCACGCCUCUUUCUCCAUGUACACCAUGCUCUAUUUAGCUCUGUACCUGCAGUCGAGGUUUACCUGGGAAGGAGCACGGCUGUUACGGCCUCUGGUGCAAUUCACACUCCUCAUGAUGGCCUUCUACACCGGUUUAUCACGGGUCUCUGAUCACAAGCACCACCCCACUGAUGUGCUGGCUGGUUUUAUCCAGGGAGCCCUGGUGGCCUACUGCGUUGUAUUCUAUGUUUCUGACCUCUUCAGGUCAAAGGACAGAGGCUCUUCCCUCCCACCAACUCCUAUAAAGAAAGACCUUCUACCCACUGUGGAACGGAACAACCACCUCACCUUAGCAUGACUCUAACAGCCUAGGAUACGCCGAGGUGCCGGUGCACACGGACUGGAGUGGCCCUGGGCUAGCACUGGUUUUGCCCAUCAGCAGACUGGCCUACACUGGACAGAUGUAAACCACAUGUGAAGUUUAAUGUUUCCCUAAUCGAUGGCAUGUUGGAACCCAGGCCUCCAAUGCUAACUGUUAAACCUGAGAGGCCAUUCCAGAGCUGCACCACUAAGAUGAAGGAGCAACUGAAUCGUGAAUCUUGACAACUCAAAUGGACAGCAAAGCUAUUUCUGAGAAGACAUGGUUGUUUAACCUUAAGUGAAACAAAUUCCUAGCCCAGAGGAAGGAUUUUUAACAGAAUUGCUACAUGGUGGACUGUGAAUAUUAUUUGAGAAUGUAGCGCAGUAUUCAAACCUCACGUCCAACUACACUUGAAUGUUCGGUAAAUUAUAAAAUGCCUUGAUCUGUUACUUACGAAAGCCCUGAACCACAUGUUGGAGAUGUUAUGUAGUUAUUGUGACUUAAUAUCUCAUUAUUUCACGAUGACAUUAUUUUCGACUUAUUAUUUAAUUAUUUCAAGAUACACUCACUGACCAAUUUAUUAGGAACCCCAGAUCUUUACAUCUGUUCAUUCAUGCAAAUAUUUAAUCAGGGUAUCACAAGGCAGCAGCGCAGUGCAUAGAUGCAUGUAGGCAUGGGUCAAGAGCAUCAGGUAAUAUUACAAUCAAACAUCAGAUUGGGGGGAAACGUGACCUCAGUGACUUUGAUCAUGGCGUGGUUAUUAGUGCCAGACAGGCUUGUUUGAGGAGUUCAGAAACUGCAGAUCUCUUGGGAUUUUCACAGAUACCUGUCUCUAGACUUCACACUAGAGAACGUUAUAGGGAAAAAACACAAAAACUACCAAAAAAAAAAAAAAAACCACACUCAGUAAGAAGUAGUCCUCUGAGUUGACACACCUCGUCAAAUAGUUACUCAAAUAAUCACUCUUUACAACAGUUGUGAACAGAAAAGCAUCUCCGAACACACUAUGUUAUCCAGUUUUAGAAUGGGGUUCCUAAUAAUUUGGUAAAUUCGAGUGUAUUUUGUUAUUAUUUGGACUUAUCAUGAGAUAUCAUGAGAUGUAGGAUAUUAGGUAAAAAUAAUAAUGAGACAUUAAGUUAAAAUAAACAAAUAACUUGCGGUUCAGGGUUUCCGUAGAUUCUAAGUAAUGGUACUAGACUGAUAUAUCAGACUGAUAUUGGUCAGGAAUAUUGUGGUAUCAGAUAGGAUUAGACAUAUUUUGUAUUAGUAUUGCCCAUCUGAAGCACAUCAUUGGCUAUCGGCUGAUUCUCAGAGAUCUAAUAGUGAAUAAGACUAGCCGGGGCUGGUUUUCAGAUCAUCAUCAUCAUCACCACCACCACCAGUGCCUCUUUCUGAGUGAGUUAUUCUUGAUAUAGUGUUCAUCUGCAGUUGAGGUGUGUGACGUGUGACAGGAGCGGGGUUUCAAUCUGCUGGUUUAAGAUGAAUCCCGACAAAAAGAAGCACAGUUCCUGUGUUAUUUACCUUUAAGCCAGUGUUCUUUUACUCGAUGUAUGUACUGAAUGAAGUGUAUGAGACCAUAAGUGUGAGAGACCACUAUAAAUGUGUCUCAGUGAAACUUUUGUGGCUGGGAACCUACAAUUCUUUUUUUAAAAAAAAAAAUUAUAAAUAUAUUUUUGUGUAAUCAAAAAGACUGUGGAAACAUGUUGUGAUACCACUUGAUGAAUAAAGGUACAUUAUGACUAAA